CCGUACACAUUUUCAGUUUCACAUUUCGCUUGGUCGGAUCCGAAAAUGAAAAUUUUAAUUUUCUCUCUGUCCACUUUCAUUCUGUCGACGGUGUCACUGGAUAACAAUGUAACAGUUUCAUUGCGUGCAUUAUCCACGUCUUGUGAUGCAACGGUACUGAAUAACUACUGUUACGGAUCAUUGAAUCUUAACGCUGAAGGAAUUUGGGUGAGUUGGGAUACUUCAAAGACAUCGCCACCAGAGAAUGCAGUCGAAGGUGGUGCCGAUACUGGUGGAACAUAUUACGUGAGUAGAUCGCAAUAUGGUAGCAAUGGCAUUAUACCUGGUAAAUAUUCACCGAGUCGAAAGUAUGCAUGGUUCUCGUACGGUGGCGUUGAACUGGGCUCGACCCAGUUUGAUGUUCUUCGUCACACCAAUGUCUGGUGGGGUGAAAUGACUGACGAUGCUACGAAGUGGAUACCAGCCGGUAUUGAUGCAGCGGGAAACGUGAUUUACAUAUGCCAGGCGCAAGUGCCAGCUUCAAUCAAUGCGAAUCAGUAUACGGUACCCGGAAAGUAUCACCUGGGACGGUGUUACAUUCCAUUCAAUGGACAAGAGAUUGGCCUCAACAGCGGGUUUAAAGUUUUAAGACAAUCUCUUCGAUAAAAAUUUAUGAUUCGAAAAUUGAAAGAAUAAAAGUUUUGAAAACGUUCGUUCUUUAUAUUAC